UUAUAAUAUUAGGAGUAGUAUAAAUUAAAGAUCUUGAGAAAAAUCACUCUCUUGCUCCGGCAUAGUUUUGGAGCUCUGCGAAACCCUAAUCUACAACCCUAGAUUUCGCCGAGUUGUAGUUUCAUUCAAGAUGAUCAUAAAAUCGGAGCCUACAACUAUUCCGGCGGCCACCGGCUGCAGUAACUGCGGCGCUCACGAGCGGCGCCUGCUCCACCAGAUACGCUGCCGCAGCGGCUUCAAACGUGCCUGCACCACCUGCGUCCUCCGCCUCCAUCCUCAGGCCUUCUGCCCUACAUGCUUCCUGGUCUACCCCCCAACCCUCCCUAACGACGUCGUUCGCACCUGCGAUAAGUGCUACUCCCACUCCCACUCUCACUGCGUCGACACCAACGGCGCCCCCCCUCCCAAACCCUACAUUUGCCCUCUCUGCGUCAACCCUAAUGCCCCAAUUUUCAAAUUAAAGCCCGUCGAGGAUGCCAAUCUUGUGAUCGAUAAUGUUAGGGUUCAAAAUUGCAGGGUGAUGGACAGGGAUGCGGCGAAGAUGCUAUUGGCGGCCGCCAGAAUCGCGUCCACGUCGAUGAAUAAGGCGGCGGCGAAUGCCAAGAAUGAGGCUGAGAAGCGGGUUAAGGAGGCAGCGUUUACAAGGAAAAGGGCUAAGGAGGCAUUGGAGCACGUUGCGCUUUUGGUGCAUAAGGAGAAGGCGAGGAGGAAAGAAGUAGGGCUUCGUGACGUGGCUGGGCGGGGAUACGGUGGAAUUGCCAGCAAUGGUGGUGUUAAAUUUGAGGCUGAGGUUAGUGCAAAUCAUGGUGUUAGGAAUCGCAAUAGUGUCGUGCCUAGUGUUUCGCAGCCGUUUGUAGCUGUGGAGGAGAAAAUGAGCAGUAAUGUAGUAGUGAAUGUGGAUAGAGAUAACUCUAAUCAGGUGUUGGCCGCAUUGACUGCUGUUGAGUUGAGAGAGAAUGAGAAAAUGGGGGUUGGAAUGACUGCACAGGUUGAGAGAUCAGGGAUAGGUCAUGCCAGUGAUGGCCAUACCCAGAUGGAUGUUGAUGAAGGUGGAAUGAGGCUGAAUGUUGGGGAAAAUGCAGGACUGGUUGAAGAUAGCAGUACUAGUCGUGCAGAUAUGGAGACCGAUGCAGGAGAUGUCAAUAAUCAUGGGGAGAAACAGCUUGAUGGUGUGAAUAAUGAGGUAAAUUUGGUUCAACCUGGGGAGAAUUUGGUGCAGAAUAAGGUAAUGGAUAAGGAUGGAGAACAUGUUAAUGGUGGCCGGGCAUAGUCCAAGAACUUCAUCAGAUAGCUCAAAGGUGUUGAGGGGUGUGGCUGUAUUCAAAUGCUUGUUUUGGAGAGGAUUUGCCUGAAGGUGGUAGAUCAUCAUGUAAGUUGGUUCUCAUUUAGAUGAUUAAUUUUUAUAUCUGUUUCUGUGUUGGUUGGCAUCAUAUGAUUGCAAAUGCAACAUUAAAUCAAGAUCUCUCUGUAUUGGUUGUUGUUGAUUUUGUUGGUCUAAGGUAAAGUAUUUUAGUGUAGCUAUGGAUGUUCAGACAGAGACUACUAUUAUUUUGAGGCUGUGCUUAAUCAAUAGAUUUGCAACUUUAUUUUGUGACUGUA